GGGGUGGGCGCUGCAGCCCCUUAAAGCCUCCUGGCCCAAAGAGCCUUGCCCAGACCCCGCGGCUCCCCGCGCUCCCGCAGCUCCGGCGCCCAGAGAACCAGGGAUGUCAGACACGGAGGAGGUCACCGAGGAGUAUGAGCAGGAGCAGGAAGAGGAGUGCGUGGAGGAAGAAGAGGAAGAAUGGAUAGAGGAAGAUGACGGUCAGGAGGAGCAGGUAGAGGAGGUGGAGGAGGAGAGCACAGAAGCCAAGGCAGAAGAGCAAGAAGAUGAAACGAAAGCAGCAGGAGAAGGUGGAGAGGGAGAGCGGGAGCAGGAGCCCGGGGAAGGGGAAUCGAAGCCAAAACCCAAGGUCUUCAUGCCCAAUUUGGUGCCCCCCAAGAUCCCAGAUGGCGAGAGACUGGAUUUUGAUGACAUUCACCGCAAGCGCAUGGAGAAGGACCUGAACGAGCUGCAGGCCCUCAUCGAAGCCCACUUUGAGAGCAGGAAGAAGGAGGAAGAGGAGCUGCUGUCCCUCAAGGACAGGAUUGAGCAGCGGCGAGCGGAGCGGGCGGAGCAGCAGCGGAUCCGCAGCGAGCGGGAGAAGGAGCGCCAGGCCCGCAUGGCCGAGGAAAGAGCCCGCAAGGAGGAAGAGGAGGCGCGGAAGAGGGCGGAGGAGGAGGCGCGGAAGAAGAAGGCGUUCUCCAACAUGCUGCACUUUGGGGGAUACAUGCAGAAGUCAGAGAAAAAGGGUGGCAAGAAGCAAACAGAGCGGGAGAAGAAGAAGAAGAUCCUCAGUGAGCGACGGAAGCCCCUGAACAUCGACCACCUCAGUGAAGACAAGCUGAGGGACAAGGCCAAGGAGCUGUGGCAGAACAUCCAUGACCUGGAGGCUGAGAAAUUUGACCUGCAGGAGAAAUUCAAGCGGCAGAAAUAUGAGAUCAAUGUUCUUCGAAAUCGCAUCAGUGACCACCAGAAAGUAUCCAAGGGUGCCCGUGGGAAGACCAUGGUGGGCAGCCGAAGGAAGUAGAGGCUCAGGGAGAGAGGAGCCUCAGGAGCUGCAGGGGCUGCACAGAGCCCUGGCUGCAGGAGUGGGGCUUCCAGGGGGCAGAGGCCUCAGGAGUGUCCCACUGCCCCCCCCAGUGUUGUUGUGUCUGUAAAUAAAGAGGUGCUGAGGGGUGCA